GGGUCUUUGCAGAACCGACUGUCGUCCAGGGGCGCGGGAACAUGACGUUAGAUCAGGAGCCUACUGCGGGCCAGGCGCUGGGUGUACAGGCCUGCCCUGCUGGCCGGUGAAUCCCUGGAGCAUCAAGACUCGUGGCCUCUCCCUGCAGUCCGUGUCAGUGGCAGCAUGGUCUUCUGUCUGGAAAACGAGGUGCCGCACCGCCUGCUGCGAAGCGCUAUGGUCCACUUCCAGGCCUCAGAAGUCCAGCAGCUGCUACACAACAAGUUCGUGGUCAUCUUGGGGGACUCCAUCCAGAGAGCUGUAUAUAAGGACCUGGUGCUUCUGCUCCAGAAAGACACACUUCUCACAGCUGCCCAAUUGAAAGCUAAGGGGGAGCUGAGCUUUGAACAGGAUCAGCUGGUGGCUGGGGGCCAGCUGGGCGAGCUGCACAACGGGACACAGUACCGUGAGGUCCGUCAGUUCUGCUCGGGUUCUGGCCACCAUCUUGUGCGCUUCUACUUCCUCACCCGUGUUUACUCGGAGUACCUUGAGGAUGUCCUGGAGGAGCUGAAGUAUGGACCUGCUCCUGACCUAGUCAUCAUCAACUCCUGCCUCUGGGAUCUCUCCAGGUAUGGCCGCUGUUCAAUGGAGAGGUAUCGGGAGAACCUGGAACGAGUGUUUGUGCGCAUGGACCAGGUUUUGCCAGACUCCUGUCUGCUGGUGUGGAACAUGGCAAUGCCUCUCGGGGAGCGUGUCACUGGGGGUUUCCUCCUGCCUGAGCUCCAGCCCCUGGCAGUCUCUCUGCGUCAGGAUGUGGUUGAGGGGAACUUCUACAGUGCUACACUAGCUGGGGACCACUGUUUCGACGUCCUAGAUCUCCACUUUCAUUUUCGGCAUGCUGUACGCCACCGUCAUCGAGAUGGUGUCCAUUGGGACCAGCAUGCACAUCGCCACCUCUCACACCUGCUUCUGACCCAUGUGGCCGAUGCCUGGGGCGUGGAGCUGCCCAAACAUAAUCAUCCCCCUGGGAGCAUCAUGGCUUAUUUCCACAUCUGCAUCAUGUACCAAAAGGACCCGUGGAUUGAGGACUGGCCUGAGACGGAUCAUCCAUUCCAGGGAAGCCAUAGGCAGCCCCCAGACUUUGGGGAGCAGCUGGCCUUGCCCCCACCCCCACCCUCCCUUUUGUCCCCUCCCAUGUCUUUUCCUUACCCACUUCUUCAGCCCUCACCACCUCCCUUGUUCCCACCUAUGCCCCAGGAUGCCCCCUUUUACCAAGGCCAGCCCUUUCAACCCUAUGAAUUCUUCAAAUACAGUGCAGUGGAAGACUCCUCAAUGCCACCCAACUUAGGAUGUGGUCCUGGAGUGAACUUUGUGCCUGGCCCCCUGCCACCAUCAGUACCUGGCCCUGUUUCCCAUGGUCAGCACCGGGGCCCAGUGGUCCAUCGGGGCAUGCCACGUUGUAUUCCUAACAACCCCUACCAUGUGCCAAGGAUGGGGGGAGCAUGUAGACAGCGGCUCAGACACUCAGAGAGAUUGAUCCACACAUACAAACUGGACAGACGGAGACAUGCCCAUUCAGGGACAUGGCCUGGGUAGACUAGAUCUUAGAUUGGGGCUAGAUGUGCCAAUGGCCUGAGGGCCUGCCUGAUACCCCAGCUGCUGGACCAGGGUGUUCUUGCCCAUUGCUAUUAUCAAUAAAGGCACGGAAGGACAGAGUGACA